AUGCCGAUGGCCUUCCGACUAUUCGAUCUUCCGAUUGAGCUUAGGUACCACGUUGCUGUGUCAAUUGUCCCUCCAAACGCCCUUAGGAACGAUUCCGAGCUGGACAGCUUGCAAGGUUCAGGAGACGAACUGGAAUCCAUUCAAUCUCGUUUUCGGGACCUCAAGAACUUUUCCCUAGUAUGCCGAGCCACAUGGGAACUGUGUAGAGAGAUUGUCCGCCAAGGUGUCGAGUUAAUCGGCGACAAGACACAUACACGCUAUCUCAGGAAAUUGGAAGACGGUUCGCUGCCAGAUUUUAUUCAGAAUACUUCGAAGAUAAAGUUCCUCUCCUUUGGUGGUAUUGUAACUCACAACGACGAAGAACAUGGGUGCGAUCAUUACUGUUCCGAGCUACAAGAGCAAGACAACAGAAUUCGACGCAUUCUCGCCCAUUUCCCAUACAUCACAACCUUACAUCUCGUCAACGUCCCACUUUCAAUACUGACCGUUCAAUCGCUCAUUCCGAUGGGGUCCCUUCGGACACUAAUUAUCAUCGAUCCUGAUCCAAACUCGCACGAAAGGUAUCAUAAUGCUGUCCUCCGACGUUGCCAGAACGAGUGGGACUUGCCGCCAGUAACAACGCUUUCAAUCGUUGCGAGCGAGUCCAAUUCGUGUGGAUCUGUGAGCAACUUUAUCACUUUAUUCGAGAAGAGUAUCACCUCGCUGUCAAUCAGGAGUGAACAAGACAAGUUGGAGAUUCCUCAUUGCAAAGAUUCUCUAAGAUAUGAUCUCUUUCUCGACAACGCUUAUUGCAUCAAGCUCUCAAACCUCAAACACUUAUCUAUAGGAUAUCUCAAGUUCACCUCGUUAUCACUCAGAGAAUUCCUCGAUGAAUGUGAGAGUCUCGAGUCUCUUUCAGUGGAUUGUCAGGGUUCGACAGAAGAGUCCCUUCCUAUGGUUUACAUCCUAGAGUUACUAGGAUCUCUGGCAGGCGAUGAUGAUCUCAUGUUCAAUUUGCUGGAGUAUGAUUGGAAACACGAUGGUUUCGAGCCGCCACCCUACAUAGACAGUCCUUACAUGCGCGAGGACAAGAUUAUGCUCUCGUCCGUUAUUCACUUCUCCUGCCGUCUCUUCCGCGGCAGGCCAAGCGCUCCAAAACGCAAAAUUGUCGAGCGUCUGCAACUUACUUUCUCUCGUAACAACGAGGAAGCGAGGGUUAUCGACUCGACUCACCUUUUGUAUCUCGUUCGUAGGCGUACGCCGGCGCUAAAUGGACUUAACGCGCAGUCGUUCACAGCGAUAAAUGAAGGGCUUGCAUGA